CACCUAGAAAGAAGCCCAAGGCCAGCAUGCCCAGCCUGCUCCUGCCCCUGCUCCUGCCCCUGCUGCUAUGCCCGGCAGGCUCUCGUGGCUUCCCGACCCCGCCAGAAACACCGGAGCAAGAUGUGGAGACGGUCCAGAAAUACCUGGAAAACUACUAUAAUCUGAAGACUGAUGGGGACCAAAUUGCAAAGCAGAAAAACAAGAGCCCAGUGGUUGAAAAGCUGAAGCAAAUGCAGGAAUUCUUUGGGCUGAAAGUGACCGGGAAGCCCGAUGCUGACACCCUGAAGGUGAUGAAGCAGCCCAGAUGCGGCGUGCCCGAUGUGGCUCGGUUUGUCCUCACUCCUGGGCAACCUCAGUGGGAGAACACAAGCCUGACCUACAGGAUUGAAAAUUACACACCGGAUUUGCCUCGUGCUGUCGUGGACCGUGCGAUGGAGAAAGCCUUUCAACUCUGGAGUAAUGCCUCCCCGCUGAGGUUCACCAAGCUCUCUGAGGGCCAGGCGGACAUAAUGAUCUCCUUCGUGUGGGGAGAUCACCGUGACAAUUCUCCCUUUGACGGGCCGGGAGGAAACCUUGCUCACGCGUUUCAGCCAGGCCCCAACCUUGGAGGGGAUGUCCAUUUUGAUGAAGAUGAACGGUGGACCAACGAUUUCAGAGACUAUAACUUAUACCGUGUGGCAGCUCAUGAGUUGGGCCAUUCCCUUGGACUCGGUCAUUCUACUGACAUCGGGGCUUUAAUGUACCCCAACUACAUCUUCAGUGGUGAUGUGCAGCUCUCUCAGGAUGACAUCAAUGGCAUCCAGGCUAUCUAUGGAUCUUCCCCAAAUUCUGAACAGCCAGUAGGCCCCCAAACCCCCCAACCCUGUGAUAGUAAGCUUACCUUUGAUGCUAUAACUACAAUUCGAGGAGAAAUUAUGUUCUUGAAAGACAGGUUCUACAUGCGCGUAAACUCCUACUACCCAGAAGUCGAGCUCAACUUCAUUUCUGUUUUCUGGCCUCAUCUGCCAAACGGACUCCAAGCUGCUUAUGAAGCUGCCAGUAGAGAUGAAAUCCGCUUUUUCAAAGGUAAUAAGUACUGGGCUGUUCAGGGGCAGAAUGUUCUACGUGGCUACCCCAAGGACAUCUCCACAUCCUUUGGCUUCCCCCAAACUGUGAAGAAUAUCGAUGCUGCCGUUUCUGAGGAAGAGACUGGGAAAACGUACUUCUUUGUUGCUGACAAGUACUGGAGGUAUGAUGAAUAUAAACGAUCCAUGGAUGUUGGUUAUCCCAAAAUGAUAGCUUAUGACUUCCCUGGGAUUGGGAACAAAGUUGAUGCUGUUUUUAUGAAAGACGGAUUUUUCUAUUUCUUCCAUGGAACAAGGCAAUACAAAUUUGAUCCUAAAACAAAACGCGUUUUGGCUAUCCUGAAAGUUAAUAGCUGGUUCAAUUGUGAAAAGAACUGACCAACUCUCAUGAACUAUGGAAUGGAAAAUUAUAUUGUGUGAGCCCCCGGAAGAUGUCUUCUUGGAGAGCUGCUCCAUAUUUGUUUCCCGUAUUUCAUUCAGCCACAAUUCUCACUGGUGCAGAGUUAUUAGUAUAACUUUAUUGGCAUUCAUUUGAUAUGUUAGACUUUAAUUUUGUAUGUAUUGAUAUAAGUUAAUUAUGUAAAUAAUUAACAGAUUCAGGGAGUUCAGUUUAAGGCGUAUAGAUUCGUAUGACUUAGUGCUGCGGAUAGUGAAUGUUUUUCCAUAGUAUGAGACUGUGACAGUAAUAUUAACCUGUAGGCUCAGGGGUAAACACUUCCUCUCAGAAGAGGGAGAACAGGAAGACAGCAGUCUCCACCAGAGGAAAGACGCUUCUAGAGCAGAUGGCCAGUACUUGCUAUCAUUGUUAUGCUCAAGGGGCAGUUAGUGUCGCAGGCAUGUUUCUUAUAUUUGUAAUAAAGCUACCCUUGUCUCUUCAAGACGGA